AUGAGUGACGAAGAAAUGGCAGCUAUUUACAUCCGUAGUGAUGAUGCUGGGGGCGAUAAUACCGCUAUUGCCCCAUUUAGCUGUCACCAGUGUCGCAAGAGCAAGCUGAAAUGUGACCGUACAAGGCCAUGCUGCGGUCGAUGUCGCAAACAAAAUUAUGAAUGUAUCUACUCCAACUCUAGACAACCUUAUCGAGCCAGAAAUCGAGGACAAGUAAAAGAUUUGGAGGCCAAACUUGAACGCCUCGAGCAAAUACUGCAAGCGUCUCAAAAGACGAAAACGUCCUGUUUCGGUGAUAGUCAGUACAGAGACGAUGCUCUUUCACUUGCCGACAUAACACCACCAAGCCAACCAGAUGACCAUGUUGCGCGGCUGGAUCUUUCCGAUGGAUCGCUUCCUCAACAUCUCAUUGAAACGCUGAUGAAUAUAUACUUCGAUAAUAUCUAUCAGCCUCCGCCCAUGUUACAUCGGCAGCGUUUCAUGACAUCUCUCGUCGAGCCCGAUCAUAUGAAGCCGCCAAUGUGCCUUCAGUACAUCGUAAUGGCAUUUGCUGCAGAGACCACCGAUUCAUACCGCCACCUAGGCACGAUGCUUUACAAGCGUGCUAGAACGCUUCUACAAGAACAUGAAUUCGGGGGGCUUGGAACCAGCUCCCUCUUGUUAGGCCAUGUACAAGCCUGGGCACUAAUGUCUUGUUUUGAAGCCGAACAUACCAUGUUUGCAAAGGCUUCCAUCACUCUAGCAUCCGCCUUUAGAGCUGCACAGAUAUUGAAUCUGCAUCAGGUCGAUAGUCUCCAGCCAUAUGGGAAUUUUGGAACGGACUGGAUCGAGCUCGAGGAGCGUCGUCGCACGUGGUGGACCAUAUUCUGUUUUGACCGCUUUGUUUAUGCAACAACAGGAUGGCCGGCUUUGAUCAAUGAUCAAAAAAUGAACACCCGUCUUCCAGCUUCGGAUGAAGCGUAUACAUACGGAAUAGAGGAGCAACCGAAAUUUCUCGGAGAUCAACUUCUCGAAGCUGAACCACACUCGUCUUUCGCAGGCAUGGUUCUUACAGCGCAGAUCUUCCAUCGAACCAUAGAGCAUAACAGCUCGGAUCACAGUCAAGAGCAGUUUGCCAACGUUUCGAGCGAUGAAGUAUACUGGCAAAGACAUCGAGAAAUCGACAAUGACCUCAAGUUCAUGCUACUUAUGUUACCAAAGACUCUCUGUCUUCCUGAAAACUACAAAAUCCAUAAUGCCGUAUUUGUCAACGUCAUGCUACACACGGCUACCAUAUGUCUCCAUAGAGCGGCAUUGUGGAGGAUGAAGUCGAAUUUGCAGGGGCUGCCAAGUUAUAUGAUUCGGUUGUCGCAAGACCGUCUAGUUCCGGCUGCGGAAGAGAUUCUGAAUAUCUUCAAAAUGGUACCAGAACUCGCAACGACCUUUGCCAAUCCCCUUAUCUGUUUCUCGGCAUACAUGGCCGCUUUGGUCUUCCUAUCUAAUACAUCUCCUGUCGAACCCGAUAUACACAGUGAGGAAACUUUGGAUUUCAUACUAAGAAUUAUGGUAGCAUUUGGGGAUACCAAUCUCGUCGCCAAAGCUGUGGCGAAUGAAAUCGUGAAAGAGAUGAGUCAAUGUGGCAUUACAUCUGCAAAUAUGUGCAAAGUAGACUUGCAGGACACAACCAUCGAAUUCCCACUGCUUGCCACUCAGCGACGAUACUCUACUUUCCCGUUGGUUUGA